AUGAAGUCUGCAAACCCGCGUCCCAAAGCGAAGACUGACGAGCACCUUGUGUUCCUGUAUCUAUGUCUGGUCAACUCACCAGGGGUCAAUAAUAUCGAUUUCAAUGCCGUCGCUGCUGCUUCAAAUAUCAACGUCCCAGCCGCGCGUAUGCGUUGGGCUCGCUUGAAAGCCAGAAUCGAGAAAGAAAUGGCCGAAGGCUCUGGCGAUCCCAACGCGGGUGAACCGUCUGCCGCGUCUACGCCUACCGCCUCUCCUGCAAAGACAGCCUCACCUGCGAAGAAACGCUGUGUGAAGCGCAACAAGAGCAAAAGUGGACUUGAAGAGGAUGGCGUCGCUGAGAACAACGAGAGUAACCCUGCUGCGAAGGCAAGCUAG